AUGGCUCCCAUCGUCACAGAGAUCAUACACAUCAAAAUCAACGACGCUUUUCACGAGAAGCCCGAGUUGCACAAAGAACUGCGAGAGGGCGCAGCGUACGGUGGACUACUUCACCAGUCCUAUGGUCUAGGAUUGGAGGAUCCGACGCAGCUCCACUGGAUACUGCACUUCGACCAGGGCUUUCUCCCGAAGGAUUUUACCUGGCCAGAGAAAUACGGCAACUUUCGACAGAAGAUCAGCGGGAUUACAGCUUCCGAUACCGUCUCGUACUUCGUCCCGCUCGAUGCGUUUCCGUCCAAGAUCACAUCCGCGCCCGUCACUGAGAUUGCGAUCAUGACAUUGAAGGACGAUGUCUCCAUUGAACAGUACAAGAGCAUCGCGGACAAGAUGAUCGCAUCUGCGAAGCAGGCACCUGGGGUCCAUGACGCAUGCUACGGGAUCACAGAGGCAGAUCCGCACAGAGCCUACGUCUUUGUUGGCUGGGACUCCAUCGAUGCUCAACACAAGUGGGCUAACGGUGAACCGGACAUCAUCGCUGCCCUGAAGCAAUGUCUCGCCGGACUGGAGAUGAUCCAUGUGAAGUUUAACGACCACAAUUGA